CAAUCGAUUCCCCAAUUCCCCGAGAGCACGAUUCAUCCUCGACGCAUCGACGCGCACCUCCAUUGGACUAGAAACAAGCAAACAUCCCAGACGACCAACGAUGAUGACGAAAUCGACCUACGUCCUGAUAGUGACGGCGGCGCUGCUCGGCAAUUGGCUGGCCGGGGCGCAGUUCAGGUGCCCCGAGCCCAAGGGCUACUUCCCGGACCCGAAUCAGUGCGACCUCUACUUCCACUGCGUCGACGACCAGCCCGAGGAGAAGCUCUGCAAGGACGGCCUCGUGUUCAACGACGAGAAUCCCAAGAGGGAACUCUGCGACGUACCUGCCAACGUGGAUUGCGGCGACAGGACCGCUCUGCAGGAGCCCCAGCCAUCCAAGGACUGCCCACGUGCCAACGGAUACUUCAGGCACGAGGACCCAGCGAUGUGCGAUAAAUUUGUUAAUUGCAUCGACGGUGUGGCACAGCUAAUGCCGUGUCCACCUGGUUUGGUCUACGAAGAAAAAAUGUCAAGCUGCGUGUGGGCAACGGACUCGACGAGGCUGUGCUCGAGUCCUCAGCGCGAGGUGCUCGACGACGGCUUCAGCUGUCCCACCGGUGACGUAAUUGGGCCAUCGGGUCGCAUCCUGCCCCAUCCGACCUUCCCUCAUCCGGAGGACUGCGCCAAAUUCUACAUCUGCCGAAACGGAAUGGUACCCCAGAAGGGUCAAUGCGAGGAGGGUCUCGUUUACAACGAGGACAUUUUCAGAUGUACCGAGCCCGAAUCCGUCCAAGGCUGUGAGGAUUAUUACAAAACUAAAAACUAA